AUGAAGCAGAGGACCUUCAGCACAGGUGUUGACCAUAACAAAGGAGAUGAAGGAGCAGAGUUUACCGUUGUAUAUUUGUCAACCCAGUCAACAAACAAAACCAGUGAUAUCAUGACAAACCCCUUACUCAAAGUUGAAACAGUGUAUGGUGCAGAAGGUGAUGACAUUGUCCUCACGCCACCUCUUCAGUCUCCGUCUCCUCCCAUCACAAGCAUUCAAUGGAAACAUGGAGAGGACAUCAUUGCAGAGUGGUAUCAAGGGCAUGGAAAUGAGACAAAUUGUCUUAAGUUCAAAGGUCGCUGCAAGCUGAGUCUUUUGACCGGGGCGCUGACAAUCACAGGACUGACUAAAACCGACAGUGGAAUCUACAACCCUGAGAUCAACAACAAAUACCUCGACUCAACUCAUCUCAUCGUCAUCUCUCAUGUCCCUAAACCCUCCAUCUCCAAAUCAUGUAACACUGAGAUGACCGCCUGUAAUCUGACCUGUGAAGGCAACACGAUAGAAUCAGAACCCGUCGACUGUAAGUGGCUUCUAGAUGAUGCAGAGGGACCUUCAGGCAAGGUGUUGACCAUAACAAAGGAGAUGAAGGAGCAGAGUUACCGUUGUAUAUUUGUCAACCCAGUCGGCAACAAAACCAGUGAUAUCAUGACAAACCCCUUACUCAAAGUUGAAACAGUGUAUGGUGCAGAAGGUGAUGACAUUGUCCUCACGCCACCUCUUCAGUCUCCGUCUCCUCCCAUCACAAGCAUUCAAUGGAAACAUGGAGAGGACAUCAUUGCAGAGUGGUAUGAAGUGUAUGGAAAUGAGACAAAUUGUCUUAAGUUCAAAGGUCGCUGCAAGCUGAAUCUUUUGACCGGGGCGCUGACAAUCACAGGACUGACUAAAACCGACAGUGGAAUCUGCAAACCUGAGAUCAACAACAAAUACCUCGACUCAACUCAUCUCAUCGUCAUCUCUCAUGUCCCUAAACCCUCCAUCUCCAAAUCAUGUAACACUGAGAUGACCGCCUGUAAUCUGACCUGUGAAGGCAACACGAUAGAAUCAGAACCCGUCGACUGUAAGUGGCUUCUAGAUGAAGCAGAGGGACCGUCAGGCAAGGUGUUGACCAUAACAAAGGAGAUGAAGGAGCAGAGUUACCGUUGUAUAUUUGUCAACCCAGUCAACAACAAAACCAGUGAUAUCAUGACAAACCCCUUACUCAAAGCAGAAAAUGUCCACUUGGUAAGAAACCGCUGGCUAACAGCAGCGGCAGUAGGGGUUCUUGGGUUAAUUGGGGUUGCAGCAUAUCUCAUCUACAAAUGCAGAACUGGUUCAUAUAAAUCCGUACCCACCAAGGAAGAAGACAACAACGUUGAGGUCCAUGUACCACCAACCACUCAGGACUCAGAUUCUCUCAGCAAUGGAUCUGUGAUCCCAGAGGAGCAAAGGGCAUCCAACGAGCCUUCAGAUUCUAUUCCGCUCCAAAGUGUCUGCAAUGGAGCUGCGAGAGGUUCAUAUGGAUUCGUACCCACCAAGGAAGAAGACAACAACGUUAUAGAGGUCCAUGUACCACCAACCACUCAGGACUCAGAUUCUCUCUGCAAUGGAUCUGUGAUCCCAGAGGAGCAAAGGGCAUCCAACGAGCCUUCAGAUUCUAUUCCGCUCCAAAGUAUCUGCAAUGGAGCUGGUUCAUAUAAAUCCGUACCCACCAAGGAAGAAGACAACAACGUUAUAGAGGUCCAUGUACCACCAACCACUCAGGACUCAGAUUCUCUCUGCAAUGGAUCUGGUGUGUAA